AAACAAAAUAAUAAUUAAUCAUCACCCGAAAAAAAAAAACCCAGAGAAACUUAAAGAUGAGAGACAUGCAAAUCUCUUCAACUCCAAUCUACAAAAAAAAAAAAAAAAUUAUCUUCUAAAUAAUCCAAAAUCUCUCUUUUGGUUCAAAAAUUUUUAAGCUUUUAUAAACUUUGGGGUUUUUUGAAUUUAUUUUUUCAACUAUGUUGUAUAUCAUCAAUCUACUUAGUUCAAGUUUAAGCAUGUAAAAAAAAAAGAAGCUAGAAUCUUUAUGUAAAAUUAUUUUUUUUCUGGUUUGUUUUUGGAUCAGUCAAAAUGAAUUCAAGUAGUGGAAAAUCAUAUAUGUCAACUGCUAGUUCGAGUGUUAUUUGGAAAGCUGGUGGAGAUGUAGUUGCUGAUCAGUUCCCUGCUGGUUUACGAGUUCUUGUUGUCGAUGAUGAUCCGACUUGUCUUAUGAUCUUAGAAAAGAUGUUAAAAGCUUGUCAAUAUAAUGUUACUAAAUGUAAUCGAGCCGAGACCGCAUUAUCGAUGCUAAGAGAGAACAGAAAUGGGUUCGAUAUCGUUAUCAGCGACGUUCAUAUGCCAGAUAUGGAUGGAUUUAAACUUCUUGAACAUAUUGGAUUAGAGAUGGAUCUGCCUGUUAUCAUGAUGUCUGCGGACGAUGGAAAAAAUGUUGUUAUGAAAGGUGUUACGCAUGGGGCCUGUGAUUACCUGAUCAAACCAGUUCGUAUCGAGGCGUUGAAGAACAUAUGGCAGCAUGUGGUUCGGAAGAGGAAGAAUGAGUGGAAGGACUUUGAGCAAUCGGGAAGUGUGGAAGAAGGAGAUCGGCAGCCAAAACAAUCCGAAGACGCAGAUUACUCAUCCUCAGCUAAUGAAGGGAAUUGGAAAAGCUCAAAACGGAGGAAGGAUGAUGAAGAUGAAAAUGAUGAGAGGGAUGAUACAUCAACGCUAAAGAAGCCGAGGGUUGUUUGGUCUGUUGAGCUCCAUCAACAGUUUGUUGCAGCAGUUAAUCAACUAGGCAUCGAAAAGGCUGUCCCGAAGAAAAUUUUGGAGUUGAUGAACGUUCCGGGACUUACUAGAGAAAAUGUUGCCAGCCACCUUCAGAAAUAUCGCUUGUAUCUUAGAAGGUUGAGUGGGGUAUCGCAACACCCGAGUAAUCUGAAUAAUUCUUUUAUGAAUCCCCAAGAUGCAACUUUUGGGCCACUUGAUCUUCAAGCUCUUGCUGCCACUGGUCAACUUCCCGCACAAAGUCUUGCCACACUUCAAGCAGCAGGGCUCGGUCGGUCAACUGCUAAAUCAGGCAUACCUAUGCCCCUCGUUGAUCAAAGAAACAUUUUUAGUUUCGAAAACCCAAAGUUAAGAUUUGGAGAAGCGCAGCAACAUGUGAACAAUAAUAAGCAAAUGAAUUUACUUCAUGGAAUUCCAACAACUAUGGAGCCAAAACAGCUUUCCGGCUUGCACCACACGGCACAAUCAAUGGGAAACAUGAAUAUGCCGGUCCUUUCCCACGGUUCACAAAGUAGCCAAAAUAAUCCGUUAUUGAUGCAGAUGGCUCAGCCACAGGCUAGAGGACAAAUGCUCAAUGAUUCCACUGUCGGUCUUGCUCCGAGACUUCUUUCACCAAUGGGGCAGCCCAUGUUAUCCAAUGGAAUGGCUACGAAUGUCUCUACAAGAAAUGGGGUUCCGGAAAAUAUCCGAGCCCCUAGUUAUAAUCCAGUUUCUCAGACCUCUUCAAUGUUGAACUUCCCCAUGAAUCACACUUCAGAACUACCUGGUAACAGUUUCCCUCUUGUAAGUACUCCGGGGAUUUCUAGUCUAGCACCCAAAGUGGCUUUUCAGGAAGAUGUUAACUCAGAAAUCAAAGGAUCAGUGGGUUUUAUGCCAAGUUACGAUAUAUUUAAUGACUUGAAUCAGCAUAAACCCCAAAACUGGGAACUACAGAACGUAGGCAUGAUGUUCAAUACCUCUCAGCAUUCGAACUCUCUUCAAGGUAACCUUGAUCACACACAAUCGGUUUUAGUUCAACAAGGAUUCUCGACUGGACAGAACAGGAAUUCAACUGUCAUAAGUAAGGCAAUGUUCUCAGCCGGAGAUAGUACUGGCCAUGUGAACGCUCAAAACGGUAAUCAACAUCUCAACUCCCUCUUUGUUGACAAUACAGUAAGGGUCAAAUCCGAGAGAGUUGCUGAUGCAGCCCCUGCCAAUCUAUACCCUGAUCACUUCGGACAAGAGGAUCUCAUGAGUGCUCUUUUGAAACAGCAAGACGUCAUCGCACCAGCUGAAAACAACGAUUUCGAUUUCGAUGGAUAUUCCAUAGAUAAUAUUCCAGUUUAACAGGACCGGCUAAACAGGUAUCUGUUACCAUUUGGACCGACAAUUACAAUGCUUGUAAGAUAUUUCUGCACGAUAAUGCAAAGGCGAUCGUGCAAAUUUUUGAUUGUUUUUUCUGUAACGAAAUCGGGCAGGCCAAAAAACACUAAUUUUUAGGGUCUUUUUUCAAGUUGGUGAAGCAUAUUGUUUUUCUAGUCAUCAGCAAGAUCAUAGGAGACUUAUUUUCUAACUCUAAAUAACAGAUGAAAUUUGAUCUUCUAUUUUGGUUUUGUUUUUAUUGUUAUUCUGUUUUUGUGGAGGAAUUGACUGUUAUGUAUAUACACCAUUUGAUUGCUCUACAUAUAA